UCUGAGAUAAGACCUACCAGUCACGUAUACAUCGUCCACACACUGAGCCAUAAAAAUGGAUGUGAAUGUUGCAACUACUGCAUCACUUCUACCCAGAGCAAAGACAUCAGGUUCAGACAGAUCGAGUCAGUGUGAGUGAGAGGAGCUAGAAUGAUGUUACACCAGGUUUUUCUGAUUCUGCUCCUGGGCCUGGGUUUGGCAACAGCUGAGCUAACAGGUGAAACAGAGAUCGACGUUGAUGAAAACCACGACUGGGACAUUGACAACAUCAACGCAGUGGUGGGUUUGAACCUGCUGGAGGGCGAUAUCGAGCAGAAUGAAAUAUUCUACAGAAACUCCAUUUUAGGACACGAGUAUCGCUGGCCAACAACCGUUCCCUAUUACCUGGACGACAGUCUGGACAUGAAUGCUAAGGGUGUGAUCCUAAAGGCGUUUGACCAGUACAGACUGAAGACCUGUAUCGACUUCAAACCAUGGAAGGAAGAGAAGAACUACAUCUCUGUGUUCAAAGGCGAUGGAUGCUACUCCUCCGUGGGAAACCAGCACGUGGGAAAGCAGCGACUGUCCAUUGGUAGAAACUGCGAUCGUCUGGGAACCGUCAUGCACGAAUUCCUGCAUGCACUGGGAUUUUGGCAUGAGCAGUCCAGGGCCGACCGCGAUGAUUACGUCAACAUCAUGUGGGAUCACAUUGAACCUGGUAAAGAGCACAACUUCAAGAUACGUGAUGACACCGUGUCCAGCGAUCUGGGCGUCCCCUACGACUACGACUCUCUGAUGCAUUACAGUAAGACGUCCUUCAGCAUCGGCUCUGAGCCGACCAUCGUCCCCAAGAUCCCACAAUUUACCAAUGUAAUUGGUCAGAGGAUGGGAUUCAGCGCAAGUGACCUCACCAAACUCAACCGUCUCUACAACUGCACUGAAUCAUCCACUUUUGUGGAAAGCUGCGACUUUGAGGAGGAAAACAUUUGUGGGAUGGUUCAAAAACUGAGAAUCGCAAAGUGGGAACGUCGUACGUCUGUGAGUGGAGGUCCUCAGACUGACGUCACCAACAUGGGACAAUGCCAAGGUGAAGGUCACUUCAUGCACUUCAGCACAGCCCCUGCUGCACCGGGUGACGAGGCUGUGCUGGAAACUCGCUGGCUUUACCCCAAACACGGCGCUCAGUGUCUGCAGUUCUUCCUCUACAACACGGCGGGGGCUACUGACGUUCUCAGCAUUUAUAGGCGGGAGUUCGCGGAGGGCGACGACUCGAUCAAAAACAUGUUGUUGAAGAACAUACAAGGAGGAGGAACAGGGUCAUGGGAACUGCACACUGUCAAUAUGAAUGUUACAAAGAAGACCAGUGUGGGCUUUCACGCCCAGAGGAGGGGAACUGAUUCAGAGGGGGGCUUCUCUCUCGAUGACAUUAACCUGUCGUCCACAAAGUGUCCCCAGCACAUAUGGCACAUCCGCAACAUCACCGGCCUGUUGGCUACGACGCCAUCAGGCCAAAAACUGUACAGCCCCCGAUUUGUGUCUCCAGCAGGUUACUCCUUCCAGAUUGGCGUGUACCUCAAUGGAAAAAGUAACCGUAAAGGUUACAUGGCCGUCUACUUCCAUUUGACCUCUGGACCCAACGAUGACAAGCUCAAGUGGCCGUGUCCAUGGCAACAGGCGACCAUGGCUCUGAUGGACCAGCAGUCUGACAUCAGGGAGCAGAUGAACAUGCACCGCAUGGUCACCACUGACCCCAACAAGAUGUCCUCUGAUGGUACAGAGUUCUUCUGGGACGAUCCCAGGAAGGUGGGCUCCAACGUGACCGAGUCCAACGGUGGCUCCUAUCACCGAGGUCCAGGCACCGGGACGAGCUCCUUUAUCACACACGACAGACUGGGGAGCAGGAAGUUCAUCAAAGGAGACGACGCCUACUUCCUCCUCAGUCUGGAAGAUAUUUCACAUCUGCUCGUAACUCGUCCUCGAGUUGCAGCCAACGCUGAUGUUGGGAUGAAGGCUGCCGACCAGGACCAGGACCAGGACCCUCCGCGGAGAACCAGCGGUGACCUCGCGGUGAUCACAGCUCUGGCUGUGUCCGUGGCGGCGGCCAUGUUGUUUGUUGUUUCCCUGCUGGUUCUUGGAGAUGCCCGGAGGACGAGGGCAAGACGAAAGGACACAGUGGACGUCGUGUACCAGCCUGGAGUCGGGGGAGGGAGUGAGCGACCGACCACAGACUUACCCUGUCCUCUGACCACUCCCUGAUGUCCUCAGUGACCAGGAAGGACACAUCUCCAGAUGAGUCCUCCAGGUUCCUCACAGCUGGAGGUUAGAAAUAAAAUCUAACUGAUAAGAAUAGUUUUUUAAUGAUUGGUUGUGAACAGUCGACCUCAGCUCAUCGCAACCUUUAAGACAUAAUGAAUUGAAAAGGUUUCAUUGCAAAAAUAGUUUAUAGGUGAUUUACAGCUGAAAACAAACAUACCUUUACAUUUUCCUGGCUGAAAAGUCCUCAAAUGUACUGUGGUCUGUGCUGAAAAUGACUGCAGUACCAACAUUGGCCACAGAGAAGCGCCAUAAUCAAUGUUAUUAUUCUGUAUAACUUCCUGGUGAGGCAGCUUCAAUUCCAAUUCUCCUGCUAAACAUGAACAACACAUUUUAAAGUGGACAACAGUCAGUGUUAAAGGGACAGUUAAGGUUUUUGUUUCCUGCUGACAUACAGCUGACAGUUUAAGUCUACGAUAUCUUAAGAACAAGUUUUCAUGUCUUUCUCUCAC